AUGACCGUAUUAUGGAGACCCUUCUCAGAUUGUCUGUAUCGUAACAUGGGCGUGUCACGUUUCGUCGCAUUUCAAGAUAUGGACGAGUUUCUGAUUCCACAAGCUCCAAACUCUUCAUCAGAGGCGGCGCCACUUCUGGCGACCUUGAAGACACUAUUCGUCAAAAAUAUCGCUUCAAUUCGUGUGACUGCUCGAUAUAUGAAAAUCACGGACCAGGGAGAACUGAGAACGCUGCGGAACACAAUCAGGAGUCGACAUGUGGACACUCAGCUUACUAAGUGUGUCGUACGGCCUGAAAUGGUAUUCGAACAGGGCAUUCAUCACACCAGCCGUGUAAUUCAGAAUUACUACGAAACACGUGUUGUUAAUGGAACCACUUUGCUUCUCUAUCAUUUCAAAAGUGUUGGCGGCAACGUGACAGACAACAGAAUUCCAACAGAUUAUGGAGAGCGAUUACAGCGAAGAUACGAAAGAGUUUUGAAAGAAGUCGGUCUGUGA